ACUGAUGAGCCUCUUGCAGGUGCAUACUCCCUUAUCGUCAACGCAAUCUAUUUCACGGCUGAAUGGGAUUCAAAAUUCUACAAAAGCAGGAAUUCAAGGGGAGCAUUCCACAGCGCCGAAGGAAGGGAAAGAGAGGUAGAAUACAUGAAUGAUUACAAAGUGUACCAACUCUACGCUGAAGACGAUGAGCUCCAGUUGCUUUCACUUCAGUAUGCGGACAGGUCGUUCGCAUUCAACAUCUUCUUACCCAAAACGCGAUUUGGUCUUGAUGAAGUCCGAUCAAAACUCACCGGAGAGAAAAUUCAACAGUUGCUCUCAAAACUGGAAACAACGUAUAUCUCGAUCACAAUCCCCAAGAUGAAAAUCGAGACGGACUUUAAACUCAAAGAAGCGCUAAUGGCCAUGGGAGUGACUAAUAUAUUCUCUGACAAGGCUGAUUUGACUGGAAUCGCCGAGAAACCUCCACUCAAAGUUUCACGUGCUGCUCAUAGAGCCAUCAUUGAGGUAUAUGAAGAAGGAACAACCGCGGCGGCUGCUACGCUCUUCAAGAGUACACGAAGGAAACUCAUUUUGAAAAGACCGCUGAGUUUCCGAGCCGAUCAUCCGUUUCUGUUCAUCCUUACCAAGGAUAAAAAUCCUUUGUUCAUGGGUCAAUUUGUGUGA